UCUAUUAUUUUGUUUCUAGCGCGAAGCGCUAUGCUGUUUGUUUAUUUUCAUUCAUCAUUUCGUUUUGAUGUUGAGAGGAGUUGUUUUUAUUAUUAUAUUCGUUAAAAAAUAAAAGAAAUCCCUAAGUUGAAAUGCAGAGUGCUUCUGAUUUAAUAUCUUCAUGGUUCAAAGACGAUUCUUACGCGGAUGAUGAGAAAGAUUUCCAAAUAAUCGAGCAGUUUGUACAAAACGUUGAAGAUUUUAGCUCUCAGUAUGGAAGUGAAAUAAGUGUGUCAUAUACAGCAUUCAAUCUUCGAGGCCCGCCUUCGAAUUUUCCAGAUUAUGGAGACUAUCCACAAGCCUUUGUUAUGAGAACUUAUGGUACCUGGUGGGAUGAAGCACCGUCAGUUCAAAAAGACUAUAUGCCGCAAAAUAGCAGCAUUAUACCAAGUCAAGAUUUUGUAGAAGUGUCAUUUGAGAGAGCAGUAUAUCCACUAGAAGUGGCAGUAUUUGAAACUUAUAAUCCUGGUGCUCUGGUUAGGAUAUGGGCUUUGGGGCCGACAUCAUGGAUGUUACUAUGGGAAGGGGAACCAGAAUAUGCUGGUGAUACAACUAGAAUUUUCAGCCCACCAAUUAGAGAAAUAAAUUUUCCUACAAGGAUAUUAAGACUGGAAUUUAAUCAUAGGCUUCUUCCAUACUACACUGAAUUAGAUGCAGUUCUGUUGAGAGGUAAAGAGCCGCCAAAUUUAGUCAAAAUGAAGAAUAACUUUGCAUAUAAUACGCUGUUCUAUAAGAAAACUCAACCAGCUAUAGAAAAAGGUUCGCUUCUCAACAGAGUCAUAGCUUCAAACUUGCAUGAAAAUGUUCUGAAUCGAUCAGUUUUGUCUCAAAAUGAUAAACUUAUAGACAGGGGUCCGCCUCUGGGUGAUUUCCAACGAUUGCCAGAUGAAACUAUACUAUCAGUGAUGAAAUAUCUGGACAUGCAGUCGUUAUGUCGUUGCGCACAAGUCAAUAAACACUUCAGCCGACUCGCAUCCGACGCAAUACUCUAUCGAUGUAUCGAUCUGCGUCCUUAUUGGCACUGUGUACGAUCUCAGGUACUCUUAACAUUGUCGAUGAGGUGCAAAUUUCUUCAAAAAUUAGACCUAUCCUGGUGCGGUAGUCAUUGUAUGAUACAGCCCCAGUACGUAGUCAAUUUUUUGAGAGACAGUGGUGCUGAGUUAACACACUUACGAAUGAACUGCUGUAAAUUCGUUGACAAUUCAGUGCUAAGAGCUAUAGUUGACACAUCGUCUAAUUUACAAGAACUUUGCCUCCGGUCAGUGAUAAGCUGUACAGAAUGGUCGUGUUUAUCGUCUCUGACAAAGUUGAAAAGGUUGGAUCUGUACAGAACUCAUAUAACUACUUCGGCAGCAGUCGCUAUCGUCUGGUCUAACCCGGCAUUACAACAUCUUAAUGUUGGUUCCUGUAAAAUGAUAUCAGCGAUGGAUGAAGUAGCGAUUGCUUUGGGUGCCAAUUGUCCAGAUUUGAUGUCGGUGGACUUUUGGAAGUCGUAUUCGUUGACGGCAGUCGGCAUCCGAGCGUUAGGGAAUUGUAGGAAUUUACAGGAAUUAGACGUCGGUUGGUGCUUACAAGCCGGCGGUUCGGGUGAGUGGCUGGCUUCACUGUCAGGGGGAGAACUACGCAAGCUGUUCCUCGGAGCGUUGAGAGGUGUCUGCGAUAGAGAUCUCCGCGUGCUGUUACCGAAGGCGACUAAGUUGGCUCAGCUUGACCUGCUAGGAGUUCGUGCUGUUACUCCUGAUAUAUGCUCUGACAUACUUGCAGAAUGCAGGGAACUCAGGUUGCUUGAUGUGAGUUUCUGUGACCAAAUUCAAGAAUAUCAGGUAAACGAAUGGAGAAGACAGUACCCCCAAGUUAGUAUCAAACGAUCCUUCCAAGCUGCUAACCUCAACACUGCACCAAACGCAUUGUUCCUAGUUCCAAGCUUGGAAUAACAAAUUAUAUUUCAUGAUAUAAAACUAUAUCAGCUAUACUCACCAUAUUAAACACUAGCAAAGCCUAAUCCAAUCACAGAAGGAGUAGAGACAGCAUAACAGCUUUGACAUUUAAUUGACAUUGGCCUUGUAUAAUCUGUGGCAUUUUGGCUUCGUGAUUUAAAUGUUAGCGAAGUUAAAGUUAAACUGUAGCAAGUGGAAUUUUAUUAUAUUAUAAAUAAAGAUAUAUAAAAUCAAGAACGGUCUGUAAUGGUUAAUAUAGCAGAGCUAUAACUAAAACCAUAAAUUUAAAUCUAAUAGUCUAUGAUACGUUUUUCCGAUUCCUCGUGUAAAAUUCUCUCGACUGAUGUCUCGACGAUUUUCAUCAAUAACAAAACGGGGAUCAAAAAAAGUGAAUUAAAGUCAAUAUUAAUUAACAGUGUUGGCCCGUGAUUUACUGAGACAACCCAUUUGCGAUUUAUCAAUGUACAUAUUAUCUAACAUAAAAGCUUUGUCAUCAUUAAAUAACAGAUAAGGGUAUAUAUUUCUGAUAUCGUAUCUCGUACUAUACGUAACAGCCUGUGAAUGUCCCACUGGGACACUUUGGAGAGAAGGUUUGAAGGUUAUUCCGCCAUGCUACUCGAAAACGGGUUGGUGGAAUACUUAUGUGGCAGAAUUUCAGUGAAAUGAACACACAUGAGACAUGCAGGUUUCCUGUUGUUUUCCUCCACCGUAAAGCACGAGAUAAAUUAUAAUUACAAAUUAAGCACGUGAAAAUUGAGUGGUGCUUGCCCGGGUUUGAACCCACGAUCAUCGGUUAAGAUUCACGAGUUCGUACCACUGGGUCAUCUCGGCUAACAAUCUUUAUAAGGUUUUAUUAUCUUUACUCCUUCUUAGAUUGGAAUAGGCUACAGAUUAUAUACAAGCAUGACAAUUACACGCUACAAUUACAAUUUAAAUGUUAUUGUCAGUAACGGUCAAUGAAAUUUAUAUGCAUUUUCUAUUUGAUUGCUAAUGCAUUUAAUGCAAUGUAAAUACGAUAUCUAUCAUUUAAAUAUAUAACAAUAUUUUCUCAUAUUGAUAUAAUAUAAGUGAUUGUACUACUUAAUGGCCUAAUAAAUACAACCGUCUAAACAAACUUUGAGUUGACCACUCGGGCAUAUGUAUUAAGGCAUUGUCCACGUGCAUAUCUAUCGAAAUUUCAACUUUAUUGUUUAAGACAUAAGAUUCAAUUUUAAUAAAUAAGUGUUUCUGUAUAAAUACUUUUUCGAUAUUAAGAAAAGAAAAUAAUAUACUAAACGUUUGCCUAUUACAAAAUAUAAUGUUUCAACUUUAACGUAUUAUUUCUUUAAGUAUUUUUUAAAAAUAGAAUUUAUAAUUCCUGAUCUUGAUAAAAGAAACAAGAUGACGUCAGUAUGUCAAGAAAAUGUCGAUUAUACAUUUUUUUUUUUAUAGAAUAGGAAGGCGGACGAGCAUAUGGGCCACCUGAUGGUAAGUGGUCACCAACGCUCUUAGACAUUGGCAUUGUAAGAAAUAUCAACCAUCGCUUACAUAUCCAAUGCGCCACCAACCUGGGGAACUAAGAUUUUAUGUCCCUUGUGCCUGUAAUUACACUGGCUCACUCA